AAACCAUCUCCCCCAAUGACUGGACGCGGCAAGGGAGGAAAAGGACUCGGCAAAGGAGGAGCAAAGCGUCAUCGAAAAGUGCUGCGUGACAACAUUCAGGGUAUUACUAAACCUGCAAUCCGUCGUCUGGCUCGUCGUGGUGGAGUCAAGCGAAUUUCUGGGCUUAUUUACGAGGAAACUAGAGGUGUGUUGAAGGUAUUUUUGGAGAACGUUAUCCGUGAUGCUGUUACUUACACCGAACACGCUAAGAGGAAGACGGUCACCGCGAUGGAUGUCGUUUACGCUCUGAAGCGACAGGGACGCACUCUGUACGGUUUCGGAGGAUAAAUUACCCUAAUAAAAAAUAACCAUAAACGAACGAUAACCCAAAUAAUUGAACUUUUCCACAAAUGGUUUGGACGAUACCCAGAACACGUCGUUAAGCAAAAUAACCAUAACAAUUUUAUUAGGGUAGCAUCAUCGACUCAGACUA